ACUCAGAACCACAUUUGUCCUCCAUCCGCAUUAACCAGGAAAACUCUGUGAAGCUUGUUUUGUUUGCUGGACUUGGUCUUUGCGGUAGGGGUUCUCUUUUUUACCGUACUCUGGGUGCUGAAUUGGGUCAAGCGACAUAAACAAAGUCAGAGGCUUUAAUAGUGGAGAGAGAUAGGCCCAGUUUGGUGGUUGAAGCAGAACGACAAGCAUCAUUGCUCCGACUCCUCCGUGCUAAAAUUCCGAGCUGAAGAGCAACUUUUCUACACCGACAUCAAAUAUAAAGGGGGAGUCUUUACCUCUGUAACUUCCUCUUUCUUUUGAAACCUGCGCAGAGCAAACCCAUUAUCAUCAUCAUCAUCAUUAGGACAAGCUCUUGUGCAUAUAGAGCUCAUCAGGUUGAGAGUUGAGAGAGAUAAAGAUGGGGAAUUGCUGGUUUUCUUCUUCUUCUUCAGCUGAAGACCCAACACCAACUACUACUGGUCAUCUCAGUACAGUGCCGAGUAGCAUAUCUCAAUCAAUUAGUAAUGCCACAUCCACUUCCGUGGGGAGCACUAUAUCAAGGAAUAGCCAGUUUUCGGAGAGAAGUGGUGAUGAGACCUGUCCAGAUGGGCAGAUCCUACCCGCCGCAAACUUGAGGAUCUUCAGUUACCUAGAAUUGAAGAGUGCAACUAGAAACUUCAGAUCAGACACGGUGCUUGGGGAAGGAGGUUUUGGGAAGGUCUAUAAAGGCUGGCUCGAGGAGAGGGCACCGACCAAGUCUGGAAAGACAACUGUAAUUGCUGUAAAGAAAUUGAAUUCAGAGAGCUUGCAAGGUUUUGAGGAAUGGCAGUCAGAGGUGAAUUUCUUGGGGCGACUUUCUCAUCCUAAUCUUGUAAAGCUGCUGGGUUACUGUUGGGAGGAGAAAGAACUGCUGCUUAUCUACGAGUUCAUGCAAAAAGGAAGCUUGGAAAACCAUCUUUUUGGAAGGGGUUCAGUUGUUCAGCCACUUCCAUGGGAUAUACGGCUUAAAGUUGCAAUAGGAGCAGCUCGAGGCCUAGCAUUUUUGCAUACAUCAGAGAAGCAAGUAAUCUAUAGAGAUUUCAAAGCUUCCAAUAUACUACUUGACGGGUCCUUUACCGCCAAGAUAUCCGAUUUUGGCUUGGCAAAAUUUGGUCCUUCAGAGAGUCAAUCACACGUGACAACCCGGGUCAUGGGCACAUAUGGUUACGCUGCUCCUGAGUAUGUUGCCACAGGGCAUCUCUAUGUGAAGAGUGAUGUGUACGGUUUUGGUGUUGUGUUGGUUGAGAUCUUAACAGGCUUACGGGCACUUGAUACGAAUCGUCCAAGUGGAAAACAUAAUCUUGUGGAGUGGGUAAAACCAUAUUUAUCAGAUAAAAGAAAAUUGAAAGGCAUUAUGGACCCUCGACUGGAGGGAAAGUAUCCAGCCAAAGCUGCAUUCCGAAUUUCUCAGCUUGCUCUAAAAUGCAUUGAAUCUGAACACAAAAACCGGCCGCCAAUGAAGGUUGUUGUGGAGAAUUUGGAAAGGAUCGAAUCUGUCAAUGAACAUAUAAGGGAGCCUAGGAUUCGUUCGACUCUUUCUACUCAUCCUAUGGCUCAUCGCCAAGGUCAGGCACCUUUGCACCAUCGUUCUCCUCUUCACCCCAGGUCAGAUGGAAAUCAAAACUACCAACAGUCACCUCGAAUGAGGUAACACUGAUAAGGCAGCUGUCAGCAAUUGCAGACCUUUGCGGCUGAAAAUAUAAUGUCAGAGAAUUGCUAUUUUUUCAUUUAUGUAUCUCUUGGUGGUUAGAAUGAGCCUAGUGUUGUACUGAACUUGGGAUGUUAGCUGUGAAAGUGUAAUUAUUGUAGUAGCUUUGGUGAAUUGAGCUUGGAAACUUGUUAGCAAAGUCAUUAAUUAUGAUUUUGUGGGAGGAAAAUCUAUACUUAUAUUACUCAACCCUUCCAUUUUGUUGUCAAA